UAAGUACAAGUGCAGACUGAACAAACUUGAGUGGUUGAGUGGCCAGCUGUGGAAUGGAAGUCUCCAUUACUGCUACCUCAAGAGAGCUUGAUACUGCUGUCGCCUCUACGAGAGAAACGAUGCGUGCUAUCAUGCUGUUCCUUGUUUUCGGGCUCUUCGCCGACGUAUAUGGCGCCGGUUUGGAGGACCUCGUUAAUGCACUGAACACUACUCAAGCCAUCUGGUUGUAUAAUCGAAGUUACGACGUCACUGUAAAAGGUGGGAAUCAAAAAUGUGUGCGCUGGCAUCUCGAAAGUCUUACAAGAUCAAGCUACGACUUUGAAAACUACUACAAAGUUAACGAGGCAUAUUUUGGCGAAAAUGGAACACAUGCAACACUAGAUGCGCAGGGCGACAAGGCAACGUUGAGUGUAACCUAUCAAUCGGAAGGGGAAGUCUCCUACACGUUGCAGAAAUGGGAUCCCAGUGGUAAAUGUUUUGUGCUAACCCGCAACACCGGAAAUGAAGGUGAGACUAAAUGCGAGCUGCAUUUAUGGCAGGAAAAAGUCACACAAGGACACUCUACAUCCUGUGAUGAAGAGUACAAAAAACUUUGUGACGGAGAACAAAAAGAGGUUUUCACGGAACACGACUGCAUGUAGGAAGAGCAGACCAAGAUGCAAGCAUUGAGGUGGCAGAAAAUGCAGGUUUUUAGGUGUUCAAAUAAAAGACGCGAAUAAAAUAAAUGCGGUAACGGG